AUGGCAUCAAAGACUUUAGGACCUGGCAUCACUCUCAGGCGUCAGAAAAGCAACCACAUGGUCAUUCCUGAUAGCAAAGAAAAAAGAGUGUCUGUUGGAGGUAAUGAACAAUACAAAGAAGACUCUGACCUGUCACCCCCACCACCGUCCCGAUUUCGACACAGAAGAAACCUGUCUCCCCCACCACCAUCUCAAGUUCAAUGCAGAAGCAGCCGAGCUAUUGAUAUUCCUGCUAGUGAGGAAGAUAUUGCAGAGACUCAUUGGGGAGACUUUGAUAAUGGGACUCAGCUUGAUAUGGCCAAUCCAGGUGAUUGUUCAAUCAAUGAGAGCGGGGGCCUGGGUGUUGCUACAAGAGAAAGAGUUAGUAAGCAUACUGAAGUUGAUGAGAGGGCCAGAGAGGACAUUGAAGAAAGCGACGAGGAAGAGCGGCCAAAGAAGAAGAAAAAGAUGAACAUGAGGGAAGCUGGUGCUUUAGCACGGUGUGGAGCUGCGGUGGAACAUAUAUUUACAAAGCAAAGUCAAGUCCCCAUACUUUGUGCUGAGGAUAAGGAGGAGGAUGAUGUCUCUCUUGAGGGGAGGAAUAGCAUGUCUACCGGCAAAUCAUUCCUCAAGCCCAUCCCUCAGCUAAAUGUACUCAGCGGAAAAGAGACAACUGUACACGACAACUUCUCUAGCGCCAAUUGGGGAGCAGCUACCCGUGGCUAG